CAGUCUGUGACACAGAUAACAAAGUCUGUGGUGUUGACCAAGCAGAAUGGUUAGAUAUUCAUAAGAAAAUAGAAAUGUUUAUCUAAUUAAUUAAUAAUACUUUACGUAUCUAUCCGUAUGGAGUGAUCCUCUAGUAUAUGAAUUCGGAAUAAUAAUUCAAAAUGAACUACAACUCGAAUGCUAGCACACGCACCAGUUUUGGUCGCAAAGUGAAAAGAGUAAGUGAUGUGAAUGCGAUGGGAUACACACCCCUUGAGCCUAAUUUUUCCAAUCAAGCACCUUAUGCAAAUAUAGGUCAAGAAUCCCAAAAUAUACCGCAGUAUCCGCCACAAGAUUAUGUGAGUUCUCCAAUGAUGAAUCAGAAUGUUGAUUUGGGACCCACAGCACCAAACGUUAUGUAUAAUAUGAAUAUGCCUUAUAUGGACAACUCUCAAAGACCUAAUUUAUCUGCUUUCAAACAACCAAUUGUUCAAGAUUUUGCUCUACAGUAUGGUCAACAGUUAGCUAAUGUGGGAACAAAUAUCAUACAGAAAGAGGUUGAAAGAUAUGUCCCUGUUGGAAAAUUGAAAUAUUAUUUUGCUGUUGAUUCAAAAUACGUGUUGAAAAAACUGAUACUGCUGAUAUUUCCAUUCACUCAUUCGAAUUGGUCCAUAAAAUAUGAGCAAGAUACUCCAGUCCAACCAAGAUUUGAAAUAAAUGCACCAGACCUUUAUAUUCCAAUGAUGGCAUACAUUACUUAUAUAUUGAUAGCUGGCUUGUUGCUUGGAACUCAACAAAGGUUCACUUUUGAACAAAUUGGAAUUCUUUCCUCUUCUGCACUAGCUUGGUUUGUUGUAGAAUUGUGUGUUUAUUUAGGUACACUCUAUAUAUCUAUGAUCCAAACUAAUCUCCGUACUUUAGAUCUUCUUGCUUAUAGUGGAUACAAGUUUGUCGGGAUGAUUUUGAGUGUAUUGAUAAGUUUGGUUGCUGGGAAAACAGGUUAUUAUGCCUGUCUGGUAUAUACAAAUUUUGCUCUAGCUUUCUUUCUAAUUAGGGCCUUGAAAGCACAGGUUUUGUCUGAAGUUAGUACUGAAACCAGUUAUUAUGGGGACCAAAGCCAGGGGGUAGGCAAUAAGAGGCGGCUGUAUUUCCUUCUUUUUGUUGCGUUCACUCAACCCAUUCUAGCCUGGUGGCUGUCCUACCACUUGAUAGGUGGUGGUGUUGUUAAGAAGGAAUUGUAAGGCUUACAUAUUUAUAUAAAUUGGAAUAACUAAACAAUUUUUAUGUGAAAAACGUCAAUAAAUCUAAUAUUUGUCUUAA